AUGGACCCAAUAACAGAAGAGUACACUGCAGACGCUUUCGUACACUAUGCAGCUCACGGUUUUUUGCGCCCAAAACAUCCUAGACAUGGCAAUCAUAUCGAAAUUAUUUCCGUCAGCCGUAAGGAACUCGAGAAACAUCUUUUGGAGCAUUACCAAGAGAUGCAACGAAAUUUCGAAAUUCAACUAGCUGAGAGGACGAUGGAAUACAACAAACAAAUUCAAUACAAAAAUGACGAAAUACGAAAUCUGUCGCAUGAAUGGGCAACCAACCUAGAAAAAGUGAAAGAGGAUAGGAAUGCAGAAACACAAAGAGUCGUGCGGCUUGAAAGGAAACUACAACAACUUCAGAGCAACUUCAAUGUUAUCCAUACCCAACGUCUCGAAGCACAGGAAGAAGUUUCCGGAUAUCAGUCACGUCUCAAAAAUUUGAAGGAUCGGCUGCACAAAGCCAUUAUGCAACAGGACACUCUGCAUCGUCAACUAGUUGAGGCGCACAAGGUCAUUGAAACAAACAUCAAGAAUCUGGCGAAAUCCGAACAGGUUUUGAAAGAAACCAAGGUUGAACUAAAGAGUGUAAUGUACAAGGGUUACUCGCAUUAUAGACUGAAGAGUCACCUUUUGAGCAGCGAAAACUCAAAACUCAAAGGAGAGAAUCAGGAAUUGCUUUCGGAAAUUUCCACUUCAAAGGCAAUUCUGGUCGAACAAACCCUUGCGAACACAGAAAUUCGGGUACUAGUUUCCAAACUCCAAGACAAUUUAGUUGAAUUGGAAAUUCUUCCAUCGGAUGCUCGAGAGAAUCGGCCAAUCUUCAAUGCGAUCGUCUCAAAUUUUGACCUUUCUGAUUCUCCUUUGCAUUAUUCCAACGGCUUUGAGACUUACAUUAUGCAACUGGAAAGGCCAAGCCACCACCCAACAAUUCCAAACGGUUGCUACAAAUUGGAGGAUGUUUGA